CAGCAGGGUAUCUGUCUGGCACUGUCUUUUCAUUUCGGAAAUGUUCUGAGGCUCAAAGAUCCCUCUCGGCCAUUUUUCAGUAACCCCAUGGAAACCGUUUUCUUUUUUGUUCUUUGCUAACACCAGUGAUGGCAGCAUCUUUGGGGAAGAAAUUCCAUUUAAAGCUUUUCUUGCAGCUGAGGUGUGUCAUCUUGUUUUUCCAUCACCCCUCCUGUUUCACACUCUCGGGCUGAAUUUGAGUCAGACCCUCUGGGCUGAGAAGGCUUUUCCUACGGCAGCUAAGAGCGUUCACUCGCUUGAGGUACCCAAAACGGGGUGGCUCGAAGAAGGUUCAGGCAGAGGGUAUCCCAGCAGAGCCAAGGAAGAUGCCGUGGAGAAGGGGCGAGGAUUGCUAGAGAUGUGAAUUUCUACACAUUGGGAAUGGGUUGUACGACGAGUGUGAUUCUGUUUAAAGGCAUCCGCACGGUUUUUGAAAGGAACUGUGCUUAUAUGUGCAAACAGCAAGGAGAGAAUAAUGCCUUUGAAUAUACGGCACACAGUUGGAUGAGAGAAGAUUCGGGAUUAUUGAUCCAUUCGACUCUGGCGAAACCAAAGCUAAUCGAGCCACUUGACUAUGAAAAUGUUAUUGUUCAGAAGAAGACGCAAAUCUUGAAUGAUGCGCUAAGGGAGAUGUUACUUUUUCCCUACGACGAUUUCCAGACGGCAAUUUUGAGGCGACAGGGUCGGUAUAUUUGCUCCACUGUACCUGCCAAUGCAGAAAAGGAGGCUCAGAGUUUGUUUGUAACGGAGUGCAUCAAAACCUACAACUCAGACUGGCAUAUCGUAAACUAUAAAUAUGAAGACUACUCUGGAGAGUUUCGACAGCUUCCAAACAAAAUGGUCAAAUCAGAUAAGCUUCCAGUUCAUGUCUACGAAGUUGAUGAAGAGGCUGACAAAGAUGAGGAUGCAGCUUCCCUUGGAUCUCAGAAAGGUGGCAUAACAAAACACGGAUGGCUCUACAAAGGCAACAUGAACAGUGCAAUAAGUGUCACAAUGAGGUCAUUUAAGAGACGGUUUUUCCAUUUGAUUCAACUUGGUGAUGGGUCCUACAAUUUGAAUUUCUACAAAGAUGAAAAAAUAUCCAAAGAGCCGAAAGGAUCAAUAUUUCUGGAUUCCUGCAUGGGUGUGGUUCAGAACAACAAAGUAAGACGAUUUGCUUUUGAACUCAAGAUGCAAGACAAAAGUAGUUAUCUUUUGGCAGCUGACAAUGAUUUGGACAUGGAAGACUGGAUAACAACUCUAAACAAAAUCCUGCAACUCAACUUUGAAGCUGCAAUGCAAGAAAAACGGAAUGGAGAAUCUCAUGAGGAUGAUGAACAAAGCAAACUGGAAAGCUCAUCUUCUGGUCUAGAUAGCUACCUGCCUGAACUUGCCAAGAGCACCAGAGAGGCAGAAAUCAAACUGAAAAGUGAAAGCAGAGUUAAACUUUUUGUCUUGGAUCCAGAUGCCCAGAAACUUGACUUCUCAGGCAUUGAGCCAGAAGUGAAACCAUUUGAGGAGAAAUUUGGGAAGCGGAUCCUUGUGAAGUGCAAUGACUUGUCUUUCAAUUUGCAAAGCUGCGUAGCUGAAAACGAAGAAGGACCCACAACCAAUGUAGAGCCAUUCUUUGUCACCUUAUCGCUGUUUGACAUAAAGCACAACCGGAAGAUUUCAGCCGAUUUUCACGUCGAUCUAAAUCAUUUCUCAGUGCGGCACAUGUUAGCGAGCUCACCGCAGCAUAUGACAAACGGCAGCGGGGAUGGCUUCCACAGGAUCCAAGGCGUCAUCCCCGAGAUCAUGCUGCAGUACCCAAAGCAGGGAAUAUUCUCCAUCACAUGCCCACAUCCUGAUAUAUUUCUGGUGGCUAGAAUUGAAAAGGUUCUACAGGGAAGUGUUACCCAUUGUGCCGAGCCAUAUAUGAAAAGUUCGGAUUCUUCUAAGGUUGCACAGAAGGUGCUGAAAAAUGCUAAACAAGCGUGCCAGAGAUUGGGGCAGUUCAGAAUGCCCUUUGCUUGGGCAGCAAGGACUUUAUUUAAAGAUUCAGCUGGCAAUCUUGACAAAAAUGCCAGAUUUUCUGCACUCUACAGACAAGACAGUAAUAAGCUAUCAAAUGAAGACAUGCUUAAGUUGUUAGCCGACUUCCGAAAACCUGAGAAGAUGGCCAAAUUACCAGUUAUUUUAGGCAACUUAGACAUCACGAUUGAUAACUUUUCCCCAGACUUUCCUAAUUAUGUUAAUUCAUCAUACAUUCCCGUGAAACAGUUUGAAACCAGUUCCAAAACAGUAGUCACUUUUGAAGUAGAGGAAUUUGUUCCCUGCAUUCCGAAACAUACUCAACCUUUCACCAUCUACAAUAAUCACCUUUAUGUGUAUCCAAAGUACUUGAAAUAUGAUGGUCAAAAGUCUUUUGCAAAGGCCAGAAACAUUGCCAUUUGCACUGAGUUCAGAGAUUCAGAUGAAGACGAUUCUCAGCCUUUAAAGUGCAUCUAUGGCAGACCCGGUGGGCCAGUGUUCGUAAGGAGCUCUUUUGCUGCUGUUUUACACCACCACCAAAACCCAGAAUUUUAUGAUGAGGUCAAAAUAGAAUUGCCCACACAGCUACAUGAAAAACAUCACUUAUUGUUCACGUUCUUCCAUGUUAGCUGUGAUAAUUCAAGUAAAGGAAGCACAAAGAAGAAGGAUGUUGUGGAAACACAAGUUGGGUACGCUUGGCUUCCACUGCUGAAAGAUGGAAGAGUUGUAACCAACGAGCAGCACAUUCCUGUAACAGCUAAUCUUCCACCUGGCUACCUUAGCUACCAUGAGCUUGGAACAGGAAAGCAUUCUGGUCCAGAGUUUAAAUGGGUGGAUGGCGGCAAGCCACUGUUAAAAAUCUCAACUCAUCUAGUUUCUACUGUGUACACCCAGGAUCAGCAUUUGCAUAAUUUUUUCCAGUACUGUCAGAAAACAGCAUCUGGUGCUCAGGCCUUAGGAAAUGAUCUCGUGAAGUAUCUUAAGAGUCUUCAUGCAAUGGAGGGCCAUGUGAUGAUAGCUUUCUUGCCUACUAUACUGAACCAGUUGUUCCGAGUUCUCACCAGGACUACUCAGGAAGAAGUAGCAGUCAAUGUGACAAGGGUUAUUAUCCAUGUUGUGGCCCAGUGCCAUGAAGAAGGAUUGGAUAGCCACUUGAGGUCAUAUGUCAAGUAUGCUUAUAAAGCUGAACCAUAUGUUGCUUCCGAGUAUAAGACAGUACACGAAGAACUGACCAAAUCCAUGACGACAAUUCUGAAACCUUCCGCUGAUUUUCUUACAAGCAACAAACUACUUAAGUAUUCAUGGUUCUUCUUUGAAGUUUUGAUAAAAUCCAUGGCUCAGCACAUGAUAGAAAAUUCCAAAGUAAAGUUAUUGAGAAACCAGAGAUUUCCGGCUUCCUAUCAUCAUGCAGUUGAAACUGUUGUGAACAUGCUGAUGCCACACAUCACACAGAAAUAUAGAGAUAACCCAGAAGCGUCAAAAAAUGCAAAUCACAGUCUUGCCGUCUUUAUAAAGAGAUGUUUCACGUUCAUGGACAGGGGCUUUGUUUUCAAGCAGAUCAACAACUACAUUAGCUGCUUUGCCCCCGGAGAUCCAAAGACUCUUUUUGAAUUCAAGUUUGAAUUUCUUCACGUUGUAUGCAAUCACGAACACUACAUUCCUUUGAAUUUACCGAUGCCAUUUGGAAAAGGCAGGAUUCAGCGAUAUCAAGAUCUGCAGCUUGACUAUUCACUAACAGAUGAUUUCUGCAAGAACCAUUUCUUGGUGGGACUGCUCCUGAGGGAGGUGGGCAAUGCUUUGCAAGAGUUUCGAGAGGUCCGGCAGAUUGCAAUCAGUGUGCUGAAGAAUCUGAUGAUAAAGCACUCUUUUGAUGACAGAUACUCUUCGAGGAGCCACCAAGCCAGGAUAGCUACUCUAUAUCUACCUCUGUUUGGCCUGCUAAUUGAGAACGUACAGCGAAUCAAUGUGAAGGACGUCUCACCUUUCCCAGUUAAUCCCAGCAUUAGUGCAAAGGAGGAGCCGCUCACCCUGCCGAUUGCAAAUCCAUUGGUAACGCCGCAAAAAUCAGGAAACACCUUGGACAACAGUCUGCACAAAGAUCUCUUUGGCGCCAUCUCUGGCAUCGCAGCCCCGUACACAACGUCAACUCCAAAUAUUAACUGUGUGAGAAAUGCUGAUUCCCGGGGGUCGCUUAUAAGCACAGAUUCGGGGACCAGCCUGCCAGAGAGAAACAAUGAGAAAAGCAAUUCUCUUGACAAGCAUCAACAAAGUGGACCAUUGGGGAGUUCUGUAGUACGAUGUGACAAACUUGACCAGUCAGAGAUUAAAAGCCUACUGAUGUGCUUCCUUUACAUUUUAAAAAGCAUGUCUGAUGAUGCUUUGUUUACCUACUGGCACAAAUCAUCAACAUCUGAACUUAUGGAUUUUUUCACGAUAUCAGAAGUGUGCUUGCAUCAGUUCCAGUACAUGGGGAAGAGAUAUAUAGCCAGGAACCAAGAGGGGUUGGGACCCAUAGUUCAUGAUCGAAAAUCUCAGACAUUGCCUGUUUCCCGUAACAGAACAGGGAUGAUGCAUGCCAGAUUGCAGCAGCUGAGCAGCCUGGAUAACUCUCUCACUUUUAACCACAGCUACGGCCACUCAGAUGCGGACGUUCUUCACCAGUCUUUACUUGAAGCAAACAUUGCUACUGAAGUUUGCCUUACAGCUCUGGACACUUUAUCUCUGUUCACCAUGGCAUUUAAGAACCAGCUGCUGGCUGAUCAUGGACACAAUCCACUGAUGAAAAAGGUUUUUGACGUCUACCUUUGUUUUCUUCAAAAGCACCAAUCUGAAACUGCUCUGAAAAAUGUCUUCUCGGCCUUAAGAUCGUUAAUUUUUAAAUUUCCGUCUACAUUUUAUGAAGGGAGAGCUGACAUGUGUGCUGCAUUGUGCUAUGAAAUUCUGAAAUGCUGUAAUUCCAAACUGAGUUCUAUUCGGACUGAUGCCUCACAGCUGUUGUAUUUUUUAAUGAGGAAUAACUUUGACUACACAGGCAAGAAGUCCUUUGUAAGGACACAUUUACAGGUUAUUAUAUCCGUAAGCCAGCUGAUAGCAGAUGUUGUAGGAAUUGGAGGAACAAGGUUCCAACAGUCUCUUUCCAUCAUUAAUAAUUGCGCCAACAGUGAUAGGAUUAUUAAGCACACCAGUUUCUCCUCUGAAGUGAAGGAUUUGACGAAGCGGAUCCGCACCGUCUUAAUGGCCACGGCACAAAUGAAGGAGCAUGAGAAUGACCCUGAAAUGCUAGUGGAUCUCCAGUACAGCCUGGCUAAGUCCUAUGCCAGCACUCCAGAGCUCAGGAAGACUUGGCUGGACAGCAUGGCAAGAAUUCACGUCAAAAAUGGGGAUCUUUCUGAGGCAGCAAUGUGCUAUGUGCAUGUAACAGCACUGGUGGCCGAAUAUCUCACCAGAAAAGGCAUGUUCAGGCAAGGGUGUUCAGCCUUCAGGGUCAUCACGCCAAAUAUAGACGAAGAGGCCUCGAUGAUGGAAGACGUCGGGAUGCAGGAUGUCCAUUUUAACGAAGAUGUGUUGAUGGAAUUGCUAGAGCAGUGUGCAGAUGGGCUCUGGAAAGCUGAACGCUAUGAGCUGAUUGCCGACAUCUAUAAACUUAUCAUUCCCAUUUAUGAAAAACGCAGGGAUUUUGAGAGGCUGGCCCAUCUUUAUGACACCCUACAUAGAGCAUACAGCAAAGUAACGGAGGUCAUGCAUACUGGCAAGAGAUUGCUUGGCACGUAUUUCAGAGUGGCAUUCUUUGGACAGGCAGCGCAAUACCAGUUUACAGACAGUGAAACAGACGUGGAGGGAUUCUUUGAAGAUGAAGAUGGAAAGGAGUACAUUUACAAGGAACCUAAACUCACCCCUCUGUCUGAAAUAUCCCAGAGACUUCUUAAGCUUUACUCAGACAAAUUUGGUUCUGAAAACGUCAAGAUGAUACAGGAUUCUGGCAAGGUAAACCCUAAGGAUUUGGACUCCAAAUAUGCCUACAUCCAGGUUACACAUGUAAUCCCAUUCUUUGAUGAAAAGGAAUCGCAAGAGAGAAAAACAGAGUUUGAAAGGACACACAACAUUCGUCGCUUCAUGUUUGAAAUGCCUUUCACUCAAACAGGCAAAAGACAAGGUGGAGUGGAAGAGCAGUGUAAAAGGCGCACGAUUCUCACAGCAAUCCACUGCUUCCCGUACGUAAAGAAGCGCAUUCCUGUGAUGUACCAGCACCACACAGAUCUUAACCCAAUAGAAGUGGCCAUUGAUGAGAUGAGUAAGAAAGUGGCCGAGCUGAGGCAGCUGUGUUCCACAGCUGAAGUGGACAUGAUCAAGCUGCAGCUCAAACUACAGGGCAGUGUCAGUGUGCAGGUUAAUGCCGGCCCUCUGGCCUAUGCCCGGGCCUUUUUAGAUGAUGCCAACACAAAAAGAUACCCUGACAACAAGGUGAAGCUUUUGAAAGAAGUUUUCAGACAGUUUGUUGAAGCUUGCGGCCAGGCUUUGGCAGUAAAUGAACGGCUCAUAAAGGAGGAUCAGUUGGAAUAUCAGGAAGAAAUGAAGGCUAACUACCGGGAAAUGGCAAAAGAACUUUCGGAAAUUAUGCAUGAACAAAUUUGUCCAGUAGAAGAGAAGGCCAGUGUUAUACCUAACUCACUUCACAUCUUCAAUGCCAUAAGUGGAACGCCAACAAGCACAACCGUUCACGGGAUGCCCAGUUCCUCUUCAAUUGCAUGAUCGUUUCUUGUAACAGAAAGUAACUUUUCUUAGAUCGCCAUAUGUGGUUCUGCUUUGUCAUUUGCAAACUCAGGUUGAUUUCCAAAACUAGGUCUGGAUAUGUGCAAGAUAUAGUAAAGACUGGUGACACACUUAGGUCUGGGGAUGGGGAGGGCGGUGAGGAUAGGAAAGGAGCAAAAAAGUUGUUUCAUAGUAGACUUUAUAGAAUAAGAAGGUGCACAUAUUUUUUUAAAUUCCACUGGCAAUAUUCAAAGUUCUCCUUAUAGCUUAAGAAAUGGGUGCCAGAGUUAAUUUCUCUUCCUUAGAAGUAGUAUUAAAGUGAAUGGCACAUGUAAGCAAGUAUUGUGGAAUGUAUGUAGCAGUGAACGUAACACUGAAGUUAAAAAUUUAGUUAGCCUUAUCUUGUGGGGCUAAACUUGCACAUCUUGAAUAUAUUAAGUAUUCUUUAUUUUUUUCCUGUGGCACAUUCAGGUUGAGUACAAGUACGAGAACUAUUUUUGUGCCUAGAUAUUCACUAGUUUUUGAUGACUUAAGGGAACUGACACUUGUAGUUUUUGUACCAGUGAAUGAGAAGGUUUAGUGCUGUUUUAUACGUAUUUACUGGCAUUUAGAAAAAAGUAUGUGAGCGGUGAGUCAAGCGGUUAAUAACCAAAGGUCUGUAUUAAUAAACACAAUUAUGCUAAAAUUUAAAUAGUAAAACAAAUUGAUAUGUACAUAUUGUUUGUUAAUGCAGUCCAUCCCAAAAUCCUGUACAUAUGUGUAUUUCAUUUCUAUACAUUUUUAAUUCUCAUACCAGCUUUAAUCUUUCCACUUUAAGUUUGUGAUCAAUUUGUGCUAUUCCAAGUACAUGCUCUAUUUGACUCUACAGCUUGUUUACUCUUGUACAUAAAUACGUGCAAUAUGAAGAUGUAUACAGUCUUUGCUAUGUUAGGUUUAUACACUGUUUUAAAAAAUUUCAUCCUUUUGCCAAAGUGAUGGAGCGUGGAAUGGGUGAUCAUAAUUCCUGUGGUAAAUGGUGGUGUAAUUUAAAGCUUUUACCAUGUUAUUGUUCCUUUUAAACAUUAAUUUAGUAAUUUUAUAUUUGGGAAAAUGAAAGGUUUUUAAUUUUAUUUAACUGGAAUCACUGACCUGCUGUAACUAAACAUCUGUACCCCAUCUGAAUUAAAAAUACCAUUGCUGAUUUCUCUGCCCUGUA